UCUAAUUAUAGUUCUCACGAAAGUAAAUUAUGAUGAAAUAGAGACAAAAUACAAUCCUGUGGUCCAUAUCCACAAAGAAUAAUUUUUGCAUCAUUGUUUAACUUUUGCAAAUAUUGUUAAAUGUUAUUUAACUUUGCAGAUUGUUUCAACAGGCAAAAAUAAUGACAGAGGAUGAUCGAUUCCUACGUUCAAAUACCUUCAAGACCACCAUUCUGAGAUGAGAGAAUCCCCAAAACUAAACAGUUGGUUUAGAUGCUUCUUGUCAACACCUUUGAAAAACUGACCAACAAUUUAGGCAACAACUGCAAUGAAGAUGAAUUAUGGAAUCCGGGGUUGGAUGCACCUGAAUGUACUUUAGAUGGCUUCUGCAUAGAUUCCUACAACUAUAAUAGCCACGUGCAUUCUCCUCCUUACUAUUGAACCUGUAUUUUGGAUGUUCUUAAUCUCAUCCCAAAGUCAGUAGGUCUCCUUGUUUACAUUAACUAAGAGAGGAAAACAACAAGGCAGGCAUCUAAAGCUUAAUCACAAAAUUCCUAUUCAGGGUUAGGACUUUCUAUUCAAUUUUCACAGAAAUAAGCAUUUAACGUUGAAUCCUCUUUCCUAUAUUACCCUUUUUGCUUUAUCCAGUUUCUUUUUUCCUGGUCUGUACUUAAUCUACAAUGGUCAGCUCUACGCUUUGCUGAAUGGAGGAGAAGAAUUCCACCCAAAUCAACAUCUUUCUCUUGCAAGGAUUCCCAGGCCUUAUGGACUUGAAGGUAUUGCUCUUCAUAGUAUUGCUGCUGACAUACAUUGUAACGGUUGUGGAGAAUGUGCUCAUCAUUUCCCUGAUCAAAGCAAACCAUGAACUCUGCAAACCCAUGUAUUUCUUUCUUGGUCAACUAUCUUUCAUUGAGGUCUGGUACAUCUCUGUCAUUGUCCCCAAACUCUUGGCAAAUUUCAUUGCAGAAGACAGGAGCAUUUCCUUUGCUGGAUGCAUGACCCAACUCUAUUUCUUCAGUUCUUUCUUAUGCACUGAAUGUGUCCUUCUCUCUGCCAUGGCGUACGAUCGCUAUGUGGCCAUCUGUCAACCACUGCGCUAUCUCUUCAUCAUGACGUACCAAAUGUGCGUAUGCCUGAUAGCUCUCUCCUGGUUCACUGGGUUCACUGUGUCCUUGAUCAAGAUUUCCUUCAUCUCUCAGUUGGAGUUCUGUGGUUCCCAUGUUAUUAACCAUUUCUUCUGUGACGUCAGCCCAGUGCUAAACCUUGCCUGCACUGAUAUGUCAGUGGCAGAGAUGGUGGACUUUGUGUUGGCCUUGUUCAUCCUGCUCGUUCCCCUCUCCAUCACGGUUGUCUCCUACCUAUUAAUUAUCACAACAAUCCUGCACAUCCCCACCACCCAAAGUAAGAAGAAAGCCUUCUCUACAUGUGCUUCCCACUUAACUGUGGUCGUCAUUUUCUUCUCAGCCACUCUCUUCAUGUACGCGCGGCCCAAGAAAAUCUCUUCUUAUGAUAUGAAUAAACUUGUGUCAGCUGUGUAUACAAUUGUCACACCCAUGUUAAACCCUUUCGUUUACUGCCUGAGGAAUCAGGAACUGAAGAGAGCAUUUAAAAAAGCUCUCUCAGUAAAAAUCACUCUCUCUGAAGUCUCCAGAACCAUUCCUUCUCUCCAAAUGUGAAAACUUGUUAAUAGAGUGUCCCUCUAUACAUUCUGAUCCAUUCAUGCCUCUCAUGUGUAUGUAUAGACACCCACUGGAUGCCAUUCAUUGAAAGAUGAAAGGGAAGUAAUCAAAAUAUAUUAAAAACAAGUGAUGCAAUGCAUUUGCUCUCUAUCUGCUGAGUGCCCCCAUCCUCCCCAGCCUACUCCCCCCUUUUAUUGUUCAGCAAGACCACACAGUAUGGAAUAUCCCACGGACACUUUCUGUUAGCUGUCCUGGUUCUAUCUCUUCACAGCUUCCUCUGCAUUCCCAGCCUCCUCAAGGCAAGGCAGUAUGAGGAGUUGAAAAGUCCUUGACUUAGUGUAAGCACUGCUCUGCAACAUCUAAAAUAUUGAUAGUUUAUCAACAUUUUUCUCAUCCUAUAUUCAAAAUACAGCAGCUUGCUGGCUACCAGGAAGUGAAUAACCUCUGUCCCAGCUGAAACCAGAACUACAGCAUGUCAUGUGCUUACAUAUACUCCAUUACCCAAGAUUCUAGCUAUGGGGGCUGCUCUGAAAGUAAUGCUCUCUGUUUUAUUACGCUGGCCCAUGAUGUCAGCGGCAGAUGUUGGUGGCAUGGCAUUAGAAAGAGAACCUGCAAAACAGCUCAGUCUCAGUGUGGAUCACCUACAGGAAAGGAUGCCAGCAUCUACAUGAUCACAAUCCUACAUUCUGAGGCGUUGCCACACCUGAACUCUCUUCCCUCUUCCCUGCAUAGAAGACAACUGACUGCACGGACAAGUCACCAAGGAACAUGGCUAUGAACAUUCCCUUCAGGUUCAAUCUGAGAAAUAAAUGCCUGACUAUCCACUCUGCUUCUCCUUGUAAUUAAUCUCCCUAUAUUGCCUUAACAUUGGGCAAAACAACACAGUUGUGAUGAGCAUAGGAAAUGGCUUCACGGCUCUAACCCCUGUCUGCAGCGGGCUUUCCCGUAGCUCAUAUGAAUCUGUCGUUAUUGUUGUGUUUGGAACCAUCCAUGAGGACAUGGGUGCUCUCUAUUCUUAGGGAUUGCUCAGUGUUGAUACUACGCCCAAACUUAAGGCAUCAUCUCUCUCAAAUGUGUCUGAUAACCCAAAGGGAUGGAUCAUUCUCUCAGCCUCACUAAGCCCUGCAAAUGUUUUAAUUCCUCUCCAUACUGUGACACUACGUUUUUUUCUU